GAAAUAUGCGUCAAAAAUUGCACCUGUUCGAGAUCAAGGCUGUUUGUUCAAGGCAUGGCUUGGCUAUUGGGGCAAAAACCAUAUUAAUAACAAAAACUGUAAUGGCUAUAACAGCACCUCUGUCAUACCCUAUUUCUCGUAUUCUCGAUAAGUUAUUAGGUGAAGAAAUUGGCAAUGUUUAUAACAGAGAACGUUUAAAAGAACUUGUUAGAGUUACCAACGAUGUAAAUGAUCUUGAUAAAAACGAGGUCAACAUCAUAUCUGGAGCUCUGGAAUUACGAAAAAAACCGUCGCAGACGUAAUGACUCAUAUAAAUGAUGCUUUCAUGCUUUCGUUAGAUGCAAUUCUAGACUUUGAAACUGUAUCUGAUAUUAUGAAUUCUGGGUAUUCCCGUAUUCCCGUCUUUGAUGGGGAUCGAAAAAAUAUUGUUACGUUACUUUACAUAAAAGAUUUGGCUUUUGUUGAUACAGAUGAUAACACUCCACUGAAAACUCUUUGUGAAUUUUAUCAGAAUCCAGUGCACUUUGUUUUUGAAGAUUACACAUUAGAUAUUAUGUUUAAUCAAUUCAAAGAAGGAACUAUAGGACAUAUAGCUUUUGUCCAUCGCGUUAAUAAUGAAGGAGAUGGUGAUCCGUUUUAUGAAACUGUCGGUUUAGUGACUUUAGAAGAUGUAAUCGAAGAAUUAAUUCAAGCGGAAAUCGUUGAUGAAACUGAUGUUUUUGUUGAUAAUCGUACAAAAACCAGACGCAAUCGUUACAAAAAAGCAGAUUUUUCAGCGUUUGCUGAACGUCGUGAAGUGCAAGCAGUACGAAUAUCACCACAAUUGACAUUGGCUACAUUUCAAUAUUUAAGCACUG